AUGGCAGAACGAAGCAGCCACAAGACUGGCGUCGCGCACGUCGACGCCGCCGAGACGGCCGACAAGCUCGGCACCACGGUCGAUGAAGUCAUUGCUACGCGAAUCACUGAAGAGGACAUGAUGCGGCACUCGGCCGAGGCCCUCACCUUUCGCUCGCGGACCGGCCUGCGCAUCUGCGCCAUCAUGUUUGUCAUGGGCUGCAACCAGGCCGGCUACGGCAUUGACUGGGCCGUCAUUGGCGGCAUCAAUGCGUACGAUAGCUGGCACAGCUAUUUUGGCUUUGGCAGCGCCGGCGUCAUUAUUGGCACAAUCAAUGCUCUCAUGACCGUCGGGACAUUUGUCGGCGCGCCCUUUCUGGCGCUUGGUGAUACGUUUGGUAGGCGAGGUGUCAAUUUUAUUGGCAACUUCUUGGUCGUGAUUGCGGCCUUGGUACAGGGUCUGGCCCCAAACUUGCCUUGCUUCUUUAUUGGGAGACUGCUCCUCGGAUUCGGCACGGCAUUAUGUACAGCGCCCCAAUACAUGGCCGAGAUUGCACCUCUGCACCUCAGGGGUAGACUGGUUGGCAUAUUUGGAGCCUGUUUUCAAGUCGGCAGUAUCGUCAUGAACGCGGCCUUGAUUGGCUUUACCCAGUGGAAAGGCAGCGACUGGCAGUGGAGGACACCUUUGAUUCUCGAAGGGCUUUUCCCCUUUAUCGUUUGCGUCACCAUUUACAUCUUGUGCCCCGAAUCCCCGAGAUGGCUCGUCAUGAAAAACAGACACGAAGAAGCCCGUCGCGUCAUUGCCAAGUACAUGACGACACACAAUGACAUCAACUCUCCCAUUGUCGGCCUCAUGAUGACCCAGAUUGAGGAGUCGCUUGAAGAGUCCAGCACUGGAAUCAAGGCCGCGUAUGACUACCGUGUCUUUUUUACCAAGCAAGUCCGAUUCCGCACGCUGGUCCUCUUGGUCUACUCCCUCUUUCAGUCAUGGAACGGUGGCGGUAUCAUUGGCCAGUACCUCACUCCCGCGCUGGAUACGAUUGGCAUUACGAGCGACAUUGACCAGCUGGGCAUCAACCUCGGACUGACGGCCGUCUACUUUGUCUUUACAGCGUUUGGAUCGUACCUCAUUGAUAUAUUCCGGCGGCGAACGCUCAUCUUUUCGGGCUUGAUUGCCAUCAUCAUUGCCCAGACGGCCGUCACCAUCACCAGUUGGAAAUUCACCGAGACGGGAUCCCACGCGGCAGCCUCGCUGACUGUCUUUUGGAUCUUUUCCUUCCAGGUGGCUUCAGCCUCGCUCAUUGCCACCAUGCACAAUCUGUAUCCCGUCGAGAUACUGUCGCUGCCGCUGCGUGCCAAGGGUAUGGGUCUGUACGCCAUGUUUCAGGGCGCGGCAGGUGUAGUCAGCAAUUAUGCCAUUUCGUUGGGUAUCAACAAACUUGGAUACAAGAUCUGGGCCGUGUAUAUUGGGUAUAAUCUGGUGCAGCUGGUGGCCAGCUAUUUCAUUUUCCCCGAAACGAGCAAGUUGAGUCUGGAGGAGAUUGAUUCCAUCUUUGAGACCAAGCACACCAACCCAGUGAGGCUGAGCUUGACUAUCAGCAAGGCAAAGAGGGAGACGAGAAGAGCCGAGAGAACGGAGACGUAUAAUUAG